AUGGCUACGAAAAUCGUCAAUUUGGCUACCACGGGUUCUACUACUUCAAAAAGCUCGGAUUGGGCAGCCCACGUCGAUGCACAUGCUCAAGCCGCCAACCAAACCAUCGCCGGACCUCUAGCAACAUUCUAUACCGAUGCAGGCGGUCACUCCCCAGAAUCCGAAAAGGCCAAUGAACAACUCAAAAACAUCAGCCUCUUCGCCGCCUUCUCCGGCUUGCAAAACUACAAACACAUCUCCGACUUAAUCGAAGGACUUAGAUGGCACACCGGCGGCGUAGCUGUGGUCCAAGAAGAUUGGACAAAGACCUUCAGCUACAGUGACACCUUCAAAGAAGGACUCCAGAAAAUCAUUACGGAUACUACGCAGAGCGCCAUCGCCGUGAUUGACAAGCUGCCAGAGAAGUGGAAGCAUGCUGCUGCUGAGCUUUAUAAGGCGUCCUUGGACAUCCUUGCCGACUUCCUUCAUAAGACUUAUGCCCCGCUUAAGAAUAUCCGACGUGCGCAGGCGGAUAUCAAAGCUGGGAAGUGGGGAAUUAUUGAGAAGGGGAAGGAUGCCAUAGAUGUUUUGUACAAGGAGGCUGUGGAGAAGCUUGAGGAUUUGCAUUCUCAUGAAUAG